CCCCGUCAGACGCCUCAAGGUCCCUCGAUAAAACCUAUGGUUUCUGUUUCCCUUCCCCGCGCACGAACCGACUGUUCGGGGUACGUCGGUCGGUGGUGGUUGUCGGUGGUGGUGGUCGUCGGUCGACCGUUUCGCGAAUCGUCGGCAUCGUCGUGAUUGCCGUCGCGAUCGCGGUGCUCGUCGUCGCCAUAGUCUCCAUCAACCCUUUCCCUCCGCGGGGUAUUACAUAUCGCAGCGGUAGUGGUACUGGUAGUAGUGGUGGUGGUGGUCAUCAUCGGUAUGAACGAUGAUGGACGUGGAGGAGACCAACACGGCGUCCACUGCGAGCUCCUCGCCGAGACCCUCCAGCCCCGCCGCCGAUUCCACUUUUAUCAGCGUGAAGAGGGAACCGAGCACGGACGAACCCAGCAGCCCUCUGGAGGCCACCAGUCCCGGUUCCAUCCUGCAGCAACAACGCAACAACAACGAGCAACACUACGCGGCAGCUGAUUCCAACAGUUCGACGCCCGCUAAGAGCUUCGUUCCCUGCAAGGUCUGUGGCGACAAGGCGAGCGGCUAUCAUUACGGAGUUACCAGCUGCGAGGGCUGCAAAGGCUUCUUCAGAAGGAGUAUACAGAAGCAGAUAGAGUACAGGUGCUUGAGAGACGGCAAGUGUCAAGUCAUCAGAUUAAAUCGGAAUCGUUGCCAGUACUGCAGAUUCAAGAAGUGCCUAGCCGUCGGCAUGUCCAGAGACUCUGUGAGAUACGGCAGGGUGCCGAAACGCUCGAGAGAACGCGGCCCCGAGGACACGAUGACGACGACCAUGACGACGACAACGACGACAACGACGAUGGCGGCCAUGGAAAUUCAGCAGCUAACUACGCCCGAUACCGGCAACAACAACGCCAACAACAAAAAUAACAAUAACAACAACAAUAAUAAUAACAACAAUAACAACACCCAGAGCCAGAACACGAUCUCGCGGGUGCCAUCGGCGGCGGUGGUCGAGGCUGAUCAAUCGGACGCUGAUGUGAAGCAGCUGGCCGUGUACGAUGUAAUUCAUCAAGUAUCGCAGGCGCAUCAUGCUCACUGCGGCUUCACGGAAGAGUCUACUAGAGGCCUCACAAAAAAACCCAUGAUAAUACCGCCCGCCAGUCCCGAGGAUCCGGAAGCGGCGUCCUCGACCGCGGAGACAGUUGAGUCCCAGAGGAUCUGGCUGUGGCAGCAGUUUGCCACGAGGGUGACGCCGUCGGUGCAGAGGGUGGUAGAGUUCGCGAAACGAAUGCCGGGAUUCUGCGAGCUCUCGCAGGACGAUCAGCUAAUCCUGAUCAAAGUUGGCUUCUUUGAGGUAUGGCUCUGUCACAUCUCCAAGAUGACCACCGACAACUCGAUGACGUUCGAAGAUGGCACUUACUUCACCCGACAGCAGCUGGAACUGAUGUAUGAGCCCGACUUCGUGUCCGCGUUGAUGCAAGUCACAUCGUCACUAAAUGCUCACCAACUGACGGACACCGAGCUCGGCCUCUUCUCGGCGGCGGUGCUACUGAGCGAACGACCGGGCUUGAAUGAUGUCAAGGCUGUGCAAAGGUUGCAGGAUCGUGUGCUGGAAGCGUUGAGGGUGCAGGCAGCACGACCUUCUGGCGAAGGUGCUGGCAGCACAGUCUCCACGAUCGCUAGUGUCUCACAGAGGAUACCGGAAUUGAGAGCGCUUGGCACCAGGCACGCCAGUCUGCUCGACUGGUUCCGCAGAAACUGGACGAAGCUCAAGUUACCACCGUUGUUCGCCGAGAUAUUCGACAUUCCCAAAUGCGAAGAGGAUUUACAAUGAAAAGCCUCUAGAAGAGUAGUACGAGACCAAUGAUGCCGUGAUGCCGGCAAGAAACCGAAUCACCCAGCGUUUAUCAAAGCCGCUUUGAAUAUUUAGAAAUUUUGUUUUAACUCAUAAGCAAGGAAAUCAGAUUUCUAGUAGAACGAGGAUCGAAUCGAUUGGAAUGAAAACUGAAGGAUGUCUCUGAGAGAAUCUGUCUCUCGCAAAGAAUACUAAAAAAGAAGAACUAAGACAUAAUUUUCGAUAGCUGUCGAUUACCGACAAUCUCCGCUAAUUUGUCACGAGAUAUCCGGGUCGCGCAAAGAAAAUAAAGCGUCUUCUACAAGAAGAAAGACCAAAGGAUUGGAAACGAGCCAAGUUAAAAAAUUGAGGAAAAGAAGAUGCAAACACCGACAACAAGAUCAAGUAACGCGGUCACUAUUGUGAAUUUCCGGUCUUUUAUAGAAAAUUCUGUGGUUGAUUCAUCCUAAGAUAUCUCGAUCGCUCGAAUAGUAAUUGGAGUAUCUUAAGAGAGGAAGAUCAUCUUCAAAGAUCACGCAAGCAGUACGACGGAAGUUCAACGGAAAUGUGAGCUCCAUAGAAGCUUCGCGGGUGCUCGGAGGGAGAUACACAGGCGUAAUUUGCUCAAAUUCAACGGAAAUGGCUUUGUACUAUUCGCCAGGCAAUAUCACACGUACGAUAUACAUCCAUACGCACGUUUCCGACCGAGCAUAUACCUAAAAUACUCAAUCAUUGUGAGAGGGAUCUUAUGCGCUACUUUGCCACCGUGUCAGAGAACGGAUGGCAAUGUUUUCGCGUGCGCCGUAACGAGCGUCGACGGACAGGCACAAAAGCAUAAUUGAAUCAUAGAUGUCCGUUCAUGCUCAAAAUUUUGUCCUUUCCUUUUCUCCGAAUACUUCUAAGGUUUAAGAAUAGAAGCACAGCGUGCAUAUACACAGAAUACUCAUCCGAGCGACUUCUUAUUCGGACGGAAAUCGGCCAGAUAGCAUCAGAAACACCAACUAUAAUCAACGGACAUAUCAGAAAUUAAGAUAGCAAAGCGUUCCCCCUGCGUAUUAAGCGUAUUUCACGUUCGUGUCUCCCGUGGGAAUCGGGGCUGGUGUAAUUACGGUAUUCCGGUUUCGAUAUCGCAAAACUGUAGUUUAAUAUGUGAUAUAUAAAUUAAACACGCUACGAGUUUAUUCUCUGGCUCAACAUCAAUUGUCAUAUUUUUUUCUUUUAUAUGCCUUACAUAUUUCAGAAUUGUUCUGUUACUUAUUACAUUUUAUUGUCAUGCAGAACUAAAUAUUUUGUUACACAAUUGAAUAUUAUAAAGUAUAAAAAAUUUUUUAUAAAACUGCAUAUGUGAGCUGUAGAUUUGUCAGACUCAAUAAUAUGAAUUACUAACGUUAUUUUGUUAAAAAUAAAAAGUUUAUGUAUAACAAUAUAACAGCUAGAAAAUGUCGAAAAAAUAUUGUGUGUCUAUUUAAAAUUUCUUAACUUUUUUGUAAUUUUUUCUUUAUUUGUAGUUUUUUUAUAGCAUUGCUCUCGAAGUAACGAUUUUCUAUAUUCUAUAUAUUCUUUUCAAAUUCUGAUCGAUGCUAUUGCUAAGUUUAAAGAAAUAUUAUUAAAAACGAUAAUCGAAAAUGGAAUCCACCGAAAUUCCACCAGUUUCGAUCUCUCAUUUGUCACGAUACUAAGAUGAUGAUAAAUGACUAUUGUACGACCGCAUGACUGUAAUAAGACACACGUGGCACGCGUACAUGUACGCGUAAGUAACGGUGUGCUUACACGUGACAACUAAAAUCGUACAGACGAGAGGAGGCAUAAAAAAAUUUCACACUAUAAACUCGAAAGGAAAAAUCUUUACAGGACGUAUCUCAUAGGUGCAUCCGCUACGAAUCUCAAUCUAUGCAAUCUCUAUUUUUAUUACUCGACAAGUAGAAUAGCGAAUUAUAUCUCGAUAUAGAUAUAUAUAUAUAUAUAUUAUACAUAUUAUAUAUCGUCGCGUCGCGCUUCUGGAAAUUGUUCCGAGCGACAACGCGGGAGAACAAUCGGCGGUUCGAAUUAAAGUUCCUCAAUCAGUCGCACACGUUAUUACAACGCAGAAAAUUUACAAAUUUCCUCGCAGUCACGGCAAAUUGUGUUCAUGAUCUGUAAAUUGCACUCUGAAAAAACGGCAAACAUAAACAGUACGUACUGGUUCUUAUACACGUGUGUGUGUGUGUAUCAAAAUCUGCGAGUAAAAUGAACACACACAUCAUCACACUGUAUAACACACUGAUUGCAUACGCAAUGUCCAAAAGUUUCUACCUGAAUCGCGAUUCCACGCGGAACGAUUCCGAAGCGAGCGCGACUGACUCUUCAAACUUUAAACACUAAUAACUCUCUGACAAUGACUAGCAUAUAAUGCAUACGAUAUAUAAUUGCAUGUGUGAACAUGCGUGCGCGCGGAUGUACGGAUCUAUAGAGUGAGUAGCAGUGAGUAAUUUUAAUAUUCACUUUGCAAUAUAUUAACAUUACUGUCUUAUAAUUUUGUCUAUGAUAAAUAUUAAAGAUAUACAAUUAUAUAUUAUUUUUUAGCAAAAUUUCGCCUUUUCAUUUUGUCGGCUUUUUGUUCAUACGUAUGGUUUUUUAAGCUUAUGCUUAAUAUGUAUUAUAUUCACUUUAUUUAAACUGCAAAUCGCUGGCGGGUGCGGUUUUCUUCUCAGACCUGUCCAACAUUUUGUCAACUAAUUUCUAGUGUUUUUAUUUAUAUAUUAGGACAACUUUACUUUAAAGUAACUAUUUGUCGUGAUAAUUUUCCAUUUUUUUAUGAAAAAUUAUUGCGAUACAAUGUUUUGCAUUUCAUUUUCGCAAUUGGAUUAAAUAAAUGAAACUGAUCUUCUGAAGUUUAACACAGGGAGCACUUCUAAUUAAUUUGAUAACUAAAGUCAAUAUGCUAAAAUAUUUUCUUUUUUGUCAUAGACAAACUUCGAAUAGGACAAAAUAAAAAUUCCAAAGUAUUUGAAUAUUAACGUUAUUCGUUGUAUAUGAAUACGCAUAUGCAAUGAAUAAUUGUAUGUGCAUGUAUGUGUGCAGCAUGUGUCUGUAUGUAUGGGCGAGUGCAUCGAAAUACUCAUCUGUGAAACACGGGAUAAGAGAGAAAAAAGAAAUUUAUUAAUAUAGAUAUCACUGUUUUAUCCAUGCACCGGGGGUACUUAAAGUAAAAUGUGACAUAACCCGGUUUAUUAUCGCUAUAUCACUUAAAUCGAAAAAGGAAUCGAAAGCUAUCUUUGCUAUAUUAGAGGAAAGAAGAAAAGAUUUCCAAUCUUUAUCAUUCUGUUUCUUUCUCGCUCUUCUCUCUCUCUCUCUCUUUCUUUCUCUCUAAGCGCUCACAUCAAGUUGUGAAUAAACAUAUCAUACUUAAUUAAUAUAUUGGACAAAGAAGAUAUCACCGUUUAAUAUAAAUAUAUAUACAAAAAAAUAUAUAGGAGAAAUAUAUAUAUAUAUGUAUAUUGCAAAAAGAAACAUUAUUGAGAAACUAUAUCGUAAAAAGGAGUAGCUGUUGAUUAACGCGUUAAUAUCGAGCGAAUCGCAAUGUAGGACAUAUCGGCGAUUACAAUGUAACGAUCACGAUCACGUGGUAGUGUUCUCUCGCUUUUUUAAUUCUAAUUCUCGUGUAAAUUGGCGGAAGAGGGUUUCAUGUGAUCUAAUGUAAAUCAAGCGUACGUGACGUGGCGUUUAUUGAUCGUUAUAUCAUUGUUGCCACUUCUAAUUCAAUCGUCGCGAGACUAUGCGAAACGAGUAAAAUGUCGAUCCGGCUGUCAGAGUUUCAGAGAAAAAUGCCUGGAUGAAAUCCGGUGGCGAGAAUCGAUACCGCCAUCAUAUUAUUUGACGUGUUAAAAUUUGCAAUGAAAGAGCACUCUUAACAAAAAUUAUUUUUUUGUUUUUAUCGAGACGGGUACAAAUAUUAAAAGUAAAAACUAUAAAUAAAUAAGUAAACUCAUUGCCAUUUUCUCUUCCUCCAAUCGACAUUUUUCUCCCGUUACGUCGCGAUCGCAUUUUUCUCCCGUUACGUCGCGAUCGCAUUUUUCAAAAUUUCUAGUCCUACGAAUUAUUCGCCGAGGUGGCAAUCGUGAGGUGAAGAGGUGUUCUUGCAAGCGUUGCUGGAAUAUAUAAUUAAACGGCCAAAUACAUUAUAGUAAUAAUAUAGUAAUAUUGUGUAUUAUUAUGAUAAAAAUAAUUCUCUCUCUCUCUCUCUCUCUCUCUCUCUCUAUCUAUCUCUAUCUCUCUAUCUCUAUCUCUUAGCGACGACACCGGUCAAUCGUUCUUUAUUAUCCUUGCGCCGCGCCGAUAGUGUUCCUCUGCAUUCUUGACAAUUGUUCGCGCACGAACCGACGAUGUGCUCCACUUUUCAGAACUGCGUGCCCGUUCAGAUCCGUUCGCCCUGAUUUCGGCGAUCUAUCGUCUUUCGAUUUUUCAUAGCGUAAAGACGACGAUUGGCCGGUAUGAUAAUAAAAAAAAACACGAUAAUCGAGUUGGCGCCCUUGCGAGCUUGACAAUAAGAGAUGGACCGAUAAGAACAUGAUCGUAGAUGUUAUCGCGUAAAUGUUCACGUCAAUGUAAAUGCAAUUGAUUGUUAAGGUGGAUUUAAAGCGGAUCGAAACGUUCGGCACAAGCAUUAUAGAGCACAAUUAUAUAUAUAAAUAUAUAUAUAAAUCGACAUAAAUAUUUGCGCACCAACAUCUGAUUCUUAUCGGUUCUUUUCUUAUCGUCGAGAAUUUUGUAUCAAAGAGCUUUCUCAUUUUCUCUAUUUCUCCGAACGUGUUAGAUGAAUUAAAAGGGACGGUUUCGUCCUUCUCCCUCCUCUUCGCCCUCCAAUUCUCUCUUUUCUCUGUCGUAUUUCGACCGAAAUGCAACAUCUAUUUGUUUCCCUUGAUUCCUUCACCCUUUAAUCCAUUUAACCCCGUUCGCCCCGUUCUCUCCCUUCUUCCAUCGUUCCUGAUCCUGAUUUUUUUCUUUUGCUUCGUCUCGUUUAGAUUUUGAGAUUCGAGAUUUCGGUCAUGGUGCUAUAAAAUAUCUGUACAUAUACUUAUAACAAUCGUUGGCAUAAUUAAUAUCGUUAUGAUUAUAUGAUAUUAUUGCGAUUAUAUAAAAUCCGAUUAUCGCUGCUCCACCCACUGCUACUGUCAUUAUCAUCGAUAUGUUUACCAUCAUUAUUGUAUCUAUUAUUACGAUUAUCAUUAUUAUUACUGAGAUCUAGAUAUUAUUAUUAUUACAUUGAUUGUACUUAUUACUGAUUAUAAUCUAUGUCGACGUUAUUGUCAGCAGCGCUACUUAAGUCAAGCGUAUUCGAGGAAAGGCAAACGCUAGGAAGACAAGACGGUCCAGACAAUUCUCGAGAUAUUUCUAUGUAUUCCGCCCGCACAUUUGCUAAGAUUAUGUAACAAUCGCUCUUCUGUUCUUUUUUUUUAUCAACUUCUAUAUACGCUGUGACGCGCAUUAUGCAUUCUCUUCAACACACACUACAAGCAGCAAUACGUACAUACAUACAUAAAUAUACGGAGAUGGUUACAAAUUCGCGCAAUAAAAUUCUUUCAUCAACGUAAGAUAAUUUUCUGCCAAAUGUAUAUAAAUAAUUCACGAAAAGCUAUAUAAUAUUUAUUACUCACAUAAAAAUCAAUUACAUAAAAAAUUAUUAGUGCUGCGAUAUUUGUGUCGAGAAAAGAUUGCUUUUAAAUUAAUUAAGAAAUUUUACUAUGUUGAACAUUUGCGUGAAUUUGCGUCUGUUCCGUAUGCAUCUGCUUGAGAAGAGAAGUACAAGCAUAGUAUAAAAAUAAAAAACUUUAUUUACAUCGCGAAAAAAUUUUAUUCGAUAUUUGCAUACAUGAGAUGUUUGUGUUUGCGAAUUUUUUAAUGUAUUUCGCAAAACUAGCUUAAAAAGAUUGAGUGUUUAAUCUGCACGCUUAAUGUAUUGUUACUAACUUUUUAACUUGUGCUUCUUUUUAUCAAGUGCUGUAGUUACAUAAACAGUGGUCAGCGUAUAAGUAGUAAACUAUAUUUUUCUUAAUUUAAAAUAUUUUAUAUUUUUUAAUAAAAAUAUUUUCAAAAGUAUUUAUAUAUUUAUAUUUUUAUUGAAGUUAAAAGGAAAUACGUAUCGGCGUAUAUCAUUUAAUUUCAAUCUUAUUAAAAUAUCCUAUUAAAAAUAAAAUAUAUUAUGGAAUUGAAUAUUAUAUCUAUACACAUCUGAAAAAUAAUGGGACUCAAUUGCAUAAUAAAUACCUCUUCCUAUUUACAUGCUUACCACUGUAUGUACGUACAUGUAUAGAGUGCCUCAAUCAUCACGCACUUUCUCACAACUGCAAAUUUAGCGAAAACAUUAAAUUGUUCUUUCUACAAUAAAAUUUUCUAUGAUAAAAUUUCUAUGAUUAAAUUAAAUCAUAAAGUUACGAUUUUUAAAUUAUUUUCAAACGAUGCGUUCAUUGAUUUAACUAGCAUGUGCUUGAAGAAUUAACACUUUUUUAAAAUAUUUAUAUAAAUCUUUAUAUAUAAAAAAUUUUUUUAUUUCGCCUUGAUGUUGAAACAUUUUUCGAAGAUUAAUAUCCACAGUUGAGAGAAGAUGCGUGUGAGUGUGACGGUCGGGAUACUAUUUACACAUAUAAAUUAUUAACAAACACAACAACGGCGACGACAAGGAUAAUGGUAACGGUGGACGAUGUCGGCGUGCCAAGGGGGAGGCGAGAAUUACUCUUUAAAAAAGUAUAUAUAUAUAUAUAUAUAUAUACAUAUUACAUAUAUAUGUAUAAAAUAUAAUAUAAACGAAGAUAAUGAUAUUAAGGAUAAAUAACUACGACAAAAAAUGACUGCUCUAUACUGCUAAAGUACAAAUGUUUUCAUUUAGUUGUUUUAUAAGACAAUAUCGAUUCGUUAGAGUUAUAUUCACAGAUCCGCGCUUGUAUCUCGCAUUUAAUGUUUAACGAUGUUAUCGGAUGCUGGUUUUUACUAGGCUCACAAUGAAAAUUGCAUAAUAGGAUAUUACAUUAAAUCAAGAAUUCAGGUAACUGUGUUUCGAACGCUAAACACGAGUUACAAGUGCGGGACUAGUUUUAUAGCGCGUCGGCGUGGAUACACACUCAUACACAUAGCCCGACGCGUAUGUACAUCUGUAUUUAUUUGUUAAUCUCGAAAUGGUUGGUACUUCAAGAGCCACUCGAGUAUAUUCGUACAGGAUAUCGCAGAAAUUAUGCAUUUUCCACCGACUGCAACAUUUUUCUUCAGUUUGCGAGUUGAUCAUUUCUAGGCGAACGUAACAUUAUCAUUUUCAACUUUCUUAUCACUAUUAAAAAUGAUAUAAUUGAUAGUCAGAUCAAGUUUCUGAUAUAUUCCAACUUAUAAUCAACAGAAUUAAUUUUUAUUACACGAUUGGAGUUUAAUUUGCCGUUAAUUAAAUGUUUGGUUGAAAUGUUUGGCUGAUUGAUAUUUUAAUUCUUUUACUUUUAGCAAAAUUCGGUAUCAGCCAAAUCGCAAUCGGAUGGAAGCAGGCCUCAGUUUUGGGAUAUCCUGUAUCCCAUGAAGCAUGCAUUCAUACGCACACAUACACGCAUAUCACAUAACAUAUUCUUCUACUAGUGUAUCUGAAGGCAUGAUACACAUAUAUCGUCUCCAUUUCGUCCAUUUCGCGAAGCAUAAAGUAACAAUGUUCGAUUUUUGUCUGGUCGACAAUCACAAAACGCGGUAGCGUCACACAGCGACAUUCCAGCGGAACAAACAGAUUUUUAUUUAGAAUUUAUUACAAAAUACAGAGCGAUUCAACUUACGCCUACGAUGUUACAAAAAAAUAUAAAGUAGAUUAUCCUGUUAGCUUUUGCCGUGGUACACGAAGUAAGGUAAUUUAAUAGUUUAAUUAACAACUAAUUAAAGUUUCAAAGAAUGCAAAAUAUAUAAAUAGAAGAUUUGUAGCGAUUACAUGAACUUUUAUUAUCCAAUUUUGAGAUUUCAACAGAAAUGAAAUAGUAUUAUUCCGCAGUAAUACAAAAAUAUAUAUCUCUCUCUAAUCUAUCACGCACGGCUUCACGCGCGUGCAGCUGAAACGUUAAAAAGUAGAAAAUAUCAUGCACACUAGCAGUACAUUUUAUAAUGUCGUAGACUACGGGAGCAACAAAACCCGCGAUUACCUUUUGUAUGCUUUUAACGCUUUUUACUUUACGCUUCGCAGUCUAUAAAUGGAUAUUUUCGUACAGGGCGGAUGUACGAAUUUCAAGAUAAAUAGAAGAAAAAGGAAGGAGAGAAAACAAACGAGUAUAAAAUCAUAGGUCUGUUUUUUAUUCCCGCACUGCUGAACUGGUGCAAUACGUUAAAGUGAGACAAGUAUAUUUUUUCUCACUCUUAUUGCAGCAGUUCAGCAGUGCAGGAAUAAAAAAUAAACCUUAUGAAACGUAAACGAUAUUGAAUAUCUGCGCGUUCACUAAAAGUAUCGCUUAACUUAUUUGCACAUUUAAGCUAUAUGUUCGACGGCGUGUCAUAUGGAUUUAUAAUAUAUUGAAAUGUAUCCAGAAAACAAAAAAAAAAGAGAGAUGUAAUAUAAUAUAAUGCAUAUCUUCCUAUUAUAAAUUUAAAAAAAUUAGGAAAUGAAAAUAUCUGCUCUUUCUUCGAUAAUAACGAAUCAAUCAUUUAUUUUGGAAGAAGAGAAUAUUUUCGGAAUUCAAUGACGUAUACUUGAAUCGCUCUGUACAUUUUCGCUAACAAAAUUGCAACUUAUAAUUACAACAUAUAAUUAGGUUUCGUCAUUUCUAUUAAAAAGUUAUCGUACGUUAUCUCAGCGUGUCACCAGUCAAUCAAUAUAUGCUACUUAAAGCAACAUUUCAAAAAUAAUUAUAUGCUUGCGGCGUAACUUUCAUUGCACACACAAGAUGUGGAUUCUAGAGCGAGGGCUGUAAGAACGAUUAGACCGAAAAAUUCGUUGAUUUAUAUAUUAUACUCUCUCAUAUUAUAUUAUAGAUUCAAAGUUUAUCGAUUUAUCGUAUUUUCUUUCCUUCUCGUUAGGAUUGCUCAUAUAAUUAAUCUCGCGUCUCGUUAUUAUUCAACGUUAUAAUAUAAAUGUAGCGAAGGUAACAUACUCGUCGAUUUUCAGCAAGGUGUUAGACGAAACGUACGGAAUCGUUUACGUAGGAUCCCUCAUGUCGUUUUUAUCGCCAUACACAUCUUUUACCCUAUUACCGAAAUCGUCUACGAUAAAAGUCGCAAGAGAAAAUUAGGUCUCCUCGUUAAAAUCGUCCGAUUACUUACAGAUACUCGAGAUAACUUGUGCCAAUUACAAGACUAAUCACUAAUGCGUAUUAAAUACUCGUGGAGAACGAGAGGGAAGCAACGACGAUCCACGAAACUGAAGAGCCUACUUCCAACUUCGUCUUAAAACCAUAUUUCUCUUAAAAUGGAGAUUACGCGUAAGGUGAUACGCAUAAUUUCCAGUUUUCUUGUAAAUAUAUAUUUUAAGACGGUGCGGAAAUAAGUUUCUCUUUCGAUCGCAAUACAAUACACACCUGCGGCGGUUCUACUCAUGUGAUCGCACAUAUCGAAGUAGAUAUAUAUCUUUUAAGGCUGUAUUAACGUUUGAUCGUCCGUAAGGUUCCAAGAUUCCUACGGAAGUGUAUAAACUAAUGCAAAUUUUGCCUCUGAGAGGAUAGUGUAGCACGGCAAUAAAAGAAAAAGCGAUUGUAUGCCUUCUUCAAGCGUAUUUCUCUUUCUUUCACUGCUAAGUGUUUUGAAAGACUACAAUUCUUUCUCUCUCUAUCAUACAAAAUGUAAAAGUGAUAGAAAGGUCCUGAUAAUAUUUUUGAAUGCGACGCACAAAAAUAUGUAGAAAACAGUAAAACUGUCGCACGCAAAGAGAGAUUGCGUUUACCAGCGUUAUUAUUGUGAAAUUCGUCCUAGUCUGCAAACAAUCUGCGAUAUGUGAUUCGCAAAAAUAUACGAAAAAAAAGGAAAUUAUUUAUUGUUACAGCCGAUCUUUUUUUCCGAUCGACGCGUGCCGAUCCGAUAUCUCCUUGUGAAAUUAAAGUGUAGUUUGAGCGUUAUAUCUUGUCAUCGUAAUUUACAGAAAAUCUCACUAUGCUGAACUAUAAAAAAAUAUUCGAUGGAGAGAAUGUAGUCCUCGAAGGCGAGCACUAAUGAAAAUAAUUCUUGUCGAUUAUCAGAUCAAUCUGAGAGCGUACAGGUUUCUUCUAAUAUUACCCUUUUACAAUCGUUACGUAUGUUGGUAAUGAAUGUUAUGCUGUCUCGCUACUAUAUUUAUGCAUCGAAGCCGUUAACGAUUAGCUGUUAAAAAUUUUAUGACUCAAACUCUCCGAAAUCGAUAUCUGGGUGUGUCUGUGUAAAAUAUAGGCAUGCAAAUGCGUCUCUUUUCCCAGCAGAGAUCAGGAAGAGAGAUUCGGGAAAUCUUGAUAAAUCUAGAAAGUAUAAAUUAAUAUAUACAAAAUAUACACACGAACGAAAAGUUAACGAACAUACACGUACACACAAACUGAGUACACGUACUGCGCUUCUUUUAUAAUUAUAAUGGUAUAAUGCGUUAAAAUAUAUUUCAUUGUUAAAUAUAUAUAUAUAUAUAUAUAUGAGUUUACGACACGUUUAGGUAAGGAUUAAGAAUCCAUAUCUCUUUCUACCAUUAAGUUUACCAUAUUACCAUAUAUACAUAUUUGAAUAAUAUAUUAUAUUAUAUCAUGAUCUUUUUGCACAUAUCCCCUGUCCUCCAGUUUACCCUUCCUUUCUCCUCACCCUCUCUCACCUUAUCUCUUACUCAUCUGAAACGUGUAUCAUCUCUCUUUCUUUCUCUCUCUCAAGAAAAAAAGGUGUACUUUUUCACAUAAAAGGCAUUGCCAAAAUAAAUAUGGGGUUGGAAGACUUAAAA